AUGGGCAAGAAGGGCGGCUCGACCCAGCCCGACGAGGUCUACAAGCCCUCGGAGCACGGCGGCCUCAAGAAGAACGGCGAGCCCGACAAGCGCAUGAACUCGGGGCACGGCUUCGGCGGUGACCGCGAGCGCGCCUCGGAGAUGGGCAAGCGCGGCGGUGCCAAGACUGGCGACGACGAGGAGUAA